AUGCCAUCAGGAUACGCGAGUAGUGCACAACACAAGAGAGAACAUACACCGAAAAGAAAGAGAUCUAGAAGUAGAAGUGGCGGUUUAGACAAUGACCUCAACUACGUCGAUGAAGAUAGCGAAUUAUCAUCUGGAGAUGAUGCGUUGAUUGCUAGCGACAUAGAGACUCAUCAUUACGAACCAUCAGGAGCGCAGCACACUAGAAAGAGAGGUCGCCCAAAGACACACUACACGAACGAACGAAGCAAACCUCAAGCGUCAACUUCAGCAGCAGCAUUAUCAUCCCACAACUAUAUCCCACCAGCGCUUCCAAGUGGAUAUGAAAGUGAUCAUGAUCCAUCUGGAGAAAUGAAAGUAGACAAGUAUGGUCGAUUACUAGGAGGUCGCGAAUAUCGUGUUCCAACUUUUACAUUGCCAACCAGAGACAACACACUAUUCAUGUUUUCAAAAGACCCUGCAGCACUUUUAGGAUUCCGUGAUAGUUUUGUAUUUCUCAAGAAGAACGUCAAGCUUAUUAAAGUACACAUUGACAAUACAGAGAAGGGAUACUUGGUAGACUCCAACAUGCUGAGAUCAACAUUUCGUACUCGUGAAAUUUCAGUGGUAACAGCUCGUUCUGUAUACAAACAGUUUGGACAUCGCAUUGUGCGUAAAGGACGUAAAGGCAGAGACGAUUACUAUUAUACCGAUGAAGUAGAUGAGGAGGAGGACAUCCAGUCAGAAGAGGAACAGACCGCCAAAGAUUUGACAGACAAACCAACACCUUUAUUGCCUUUGAUCGAGAUCGGAAGAAACAACUUGGCUCACAAGCCUACACCACAGGACGCCCAUAUCACGGAUUUGAACUAUUUGCAUAAUGCUGCUGUUUCAGCUAGACAAUUCAACUCAUCCUUGUUUGCGUAUCGUCGUGCCAACCCAACGAAUUACGACUUGUUGACCAAUGUGUAUCAAAUACCUGCAAAUCGACAAACGCUGAGGGAUACUGGUUUGAUCCUGCCCGCGGAAAAGAAGGACGACGCACCUACAACAAACGAAAAUACCCCCCAAAAUGUCGCUGCUGCUAUCAACAAUGGUGGUGUAAUGGACGUAAACGCUGGCUUUGGACAACAUCAAUUGCAGCAGCAACAGCAACAGCAACAUGUAUAG